UUCUACUUUUCACGACAGGACUGACGCUACAAACCAGAUCCCCGCUCCAUUUCCGGGGUUCGACCCACACUCGACCCAGACAUUCCACCUCCCAAUUCCCAACUCCAACCACCUGAGGAACCUAGUUUAGGACAUAUUAACUCACGGAGUAUCAUUUGCCGACAGUUCUCUCCGAAGGAUUGCUUUUUCUCUUUUUGCAGAUUUAGCCUUGACCUCGCCGGCUUCCUUCUACUACCGUCCUACCUAGGUACGGGAACGGACUCCAAUACGUCCCUCGCAUACGCUCUUCACCUGAUUCCACUCCAUCAAUCAGAAGCUGCCCUUUAGUCAAGAGCUGCCUGCACAGCCACUUACUUGGUGCUCGCUCGGCUAUUGACAACCCGACCUGAAGGAACCCAGAUCCUGAAACAGUAACCUUUACAGCACAGCCAGGCUCCCAGUCACAAUGACCCUGGCAUCGACACACCCACAACGCGCCGUGCACGCUGCCUCCCUCCGCGACCCCGAGACAUUCUGGUCUCACCACGCACAGCAGCUCCACUGGCACAGGGCGCCAUCACGUGCACUCGGCCGCUCAACCAAGACGCUGCCCAGUGGCGCCAGCCAUGAGUCCUGGGCGUGGUUCCCGGACGGUGAGAUCUCCACUACGUACAAUUGUGUUGACCGUCACGUGCACAGUGGCAAUGGGGACAAUGUUGCCAUUAUCUGGGACUCUCCGGUCACAGGGAAGAAGGAGAGGUUUACUUAUCGCCAGCUGUUGGAUGAUGUUGAGGUGCUGGCCGGGGUUUUGAGGGAAGAGGGGGUUCGGAGGGGGGAUGUUGUUAUUAUUUAUAGUAUGCCUUCUCCAGUGCGAUAUGAGGAUGACCGGCUAACGUGCUGCAGUGCCCAUGAUUCCAGCGGCACUGAUUGGUGCACUCGCUAUUGCCCGGUUAGGAGCCAUCCAUGCUGCUGUCUUUGGAGGAUUUGCGGCCAAAUCGCUGGCUCAGCGCAUCGAGGCAGCACGACCACGGGCUAUCCUCACAGCGUCAUGCGGAAUUGAAGGGGCAAAGGGCGUCAUUCCGUAUCGGCCAUUGGUCGAGGGCGCCAUCCAGGCGAGUAGCUUCAAGCCGGAGAAGGUGCUUAUCUGGCAGAGGGACCAGCUGCGGUGGAACAAUCCAGACAAACUGGAUGGGCAGCGCAACUGGAACCGACUUGUCAAGAGCGCGCGAAUGCGUGGGAUCCGUGCUGCACCGGUGCCAGUGAAAAGUACGGAUGGGCUGUAUGUCAUCUAUACUAGUGGUACCACUGGACUUCCCAAAGGAGUCGUCCGAGAGGCAGGCGGACAUGCAGUCGGGCUCAGUCUGUCGAUCAAAUAUCUGUUUGAUAUCCAUGGGCCCGGCGAUGUCAUGUUCUGUGCCUCGGACAUUGGCUGGGUCGUCGGACAUUCGUACAUCCUGUAUGCGCCGCUGCUAGUCGGUGCGACGACAGUUCUGUUCGAAGGCAAACCCGUCGGAACCCCCGAUGCAGGGACAUUCUGGCGGGUUGUCGCUGAGCACAAGGCAAAUGUCCUCUUCACUGCACCCACGGCGCUCCGAGCCAUCCGCAAGGGAGACCCGGACAACAAACAGUUCGAAAAGAUAGCCGGCAACGGCAACCUCCGCCACCUGCGUGCUCUCUUCCUCGCAGGGGAACGAAGUGAGCCCAGUAUCGUGCGUGCGUACCAAGACCUCUUGGACAAGCAUGCCGCCCCUGGCGCUCUCGUCGUCGACAACUGGUGGUCAUCUGAGUCCGGCUCGCCUAUCUCAGGCCUUGCCCUCCGAAGCGCCGCCGGCCACGUCCCACCACGGCCGAACGAAUCCCAAAUCGCCCCCCUACCAAUUCGCCCAGGCUCCGCGGGCCUCCCAGCCCCAGGCUUUGACGUCCGCGUCGUCGACGACAACGGCAACGAAGUGCGCCAGGGCACAAUGGGCAACAUCGUGAUGGCGAUCCCACUUGCUCCAACAGCAUUCACCCGCCUCUUUAACGACGACGAGCGCUUCUACAAGGGCUACUUGAAGCGCUUCAACGGGCGCUGGCUAGACACCGGCGACGCAGGCAUGAUCGAUGCGGAUGGGUACAUCCACGUCAUGUCGCGCUCUGACGACAUCAUCAACGUCGCCGCGCACCGCUUCAGCACAGGCGCGAUCGAGCAGGCGGUCCUGUCGCAUCCAGAUAUCGGGGAAGCGAGCGUCGUAGGGAUCCCCGACCCACUAAAGGGCCAUCUCCCCUUCGCAUUCGUGCAGUUGAAGACGUCCCCGCGUAGCCAGGGCGAGCUACCUGCUCGGCCGUCGAAAGAGCUUUUCGAUGGCGUGAAUGCGCUUGUCCGUGAGCAGAUUGGGGCGAUUGCGUCGCUGGGUGGGAUGAUUCAGGGACAGGGCAUGAUUCCGAAGACGAGGAGUGGGAAGACGCUCAGGCGGGUGUUGAGGGAGCUCGUGGAGAAUGGGACGAGAGGGGAGUUUGAGGCGGCUGUGAGUGUUCCGCCGACUGUGGAGGAUCGGGCUGUGGUGGAGGUUGCGAGGGGGAGAGUGCGCGAGUACUUUGAGAGUGCGAAGGAUGUCAAAGCGAAGCUGUGA